UUAUAUGUGAUAAAUCACCACACCAAGGCUAGUUAAUAAUUGUAGGAGAAAGCGGCCGUUUUGUGCUAAGUAUUAGCCUCUCGUCUUCCACAAUCCGCCCACCUGACCUGACCCGACCUUUGUUUCCUUUUUCUCUCUUCAGCAUCGGACUCAGCAACCAGGCAGUUUGAAGAAGAGCUUGUUUAUGUUUGUUUUUAGGCUGUCUGAUUUUCAUUUCUGAAAAUCUAUUGGAUGGCCAUUCUACCGUGUGGAAAUACAUCAGUUGCUCAGUGGGGCAUUCGACCUCAGUUCGUGCUUAGAUCCUAUAUCCACAAUAGGAUAGUCGCCUCUCAUUAUGGCCUUAAUAGCAAGACAAGCUGUUUGUCGGCCCCGAGUUCGAGCCUAUUUUCUCGGGAUUCCUUCCCAAUAUUAUUUAAUGCUGGGCCUUCUCAAAAAUCAUACCGUCGCAAGGGAUCACGAUUUAUAGUUCGAGCAGAUGCUGAUUACUAUUCUGUGCUUGGGGUGUCAAAAACUGCAAGUAAAUCUGAAAUUAAAAGCGCAUAUCGGAAGCUUGCUAGGAGUUAUCAUCCAGAUGUAAACAAAGAGGCUGGGGCUGAAGAGAAGUUUAAAGAAAUUAGUAAUGCAUACGAGGUUUUAUCAGAUGAUGAGAAACGAUCUUUGUAUGACAAGUAUGGCGAGGCGGGACUCAAAGGUGCUGGUAUGGGCAUGGGGGAUUUUAGCAAUCCUUUUGAUUUGUUUGAGUCGCUGUUUGAGGGCAUGGGAGGGAUGGGUGGCAUGGGCAUGGGAGGCAGAGGUUCUCGGAGUAGAGCAGUAGAUGGGCAGGAUGAAUACUACAAUCUUGUUUUAACAUUUAAAGAAGCAGUUUUUGGAAUUGAAAAAGAGAUUGAGAUAUCCAGACUUGAGACAUGCGCAACUUGUGAUGGUUCGGGGGCGAAAGCUGGGACAAAGGCAUCCAAAUGCAGCACGUGCGGUGGACAAGGGCAGGUUGUCUCAUCAGCAAGGACUCCGUUAGGCGUGUUCCAACAGGUAAUGAGCUGUUCUUCAUGCGGUGGAACUGGAGAAACAUUUACUCCUUGCAACGCAUGUUCUGGGGAUGGAAGAGUAAGAAGGACGAAGCGUAUCAGUCUGAAAGUGCCGGCUGGCGUGGACUCUGGAAGUCGUUUGAGGGUGCGAUCCGAAGGGAAUGCUGGAAGGAGAGGUGGGUCGGCUGGUGACCUGUUUGUGAUCAUUGAUGUGAUCCCAGAUCCUAUCCUAAAACGGGAUGAUACCAACAUCUUGUACACGUGCAAAGUGUCGUACAUAGAUGCAAUUUUGGGGACGAGGAUUAAGGUCCCAACGGUGGAUGGAAUGGUCGAUCUGAAGAUUCCUGCAGGAACCCAGCCCAACACCACACUUGUAAUGGCAAAGAAAGGAGUCCCUGUUCUAAACAAAAGCAACAUGCGAGGAGAUCAAUUAGUUCGCGUUCAAGUUGAAAUUCCUAAACGGUUGAACACCCAAGAAAGAAAGCUGAUUGAGGAGCUUUCCGAUCUAAGCAAAGGUAAAACAGCCAGCAAGAUAACAGCAUAAAUUAAACUUCAACUGCUACUUUUUUAUUCUCAGCUUGCUUAAUUAAUUAUUCUUUUGGCUAGACAUUAACUUUUCUGCUGCAUUUCUCUUGUUACAUAAUCAAUAGAAUUUUGCAACUUAUAUAUCUUAUAGCCUCUACUAUUUCGUUCCAA